UUCGUUGAAAUUUUUUCCCCAAAUGGUUAGACAAAAAUCGUUGGUAGCUCUGUGAAAAAUUUAAAAUAAAUUGGUUUGCUUUGGAAGAAGUUUGCAUGCGAAAAGCAAAGUGUAGAGUGAAAUUUUGCUAAGGAAUUAUAUAUAGAAGUUAUAAAAACAUAGCAAAUAAAAGCUGCUGGAACAAGAGUGUGAAAAUUGCCAAACAACAAAAAAUAUUUGGGAAAAAAUUCAAAAAAAAAAUUAAACAAACUUUUCCAAAGAUCUACUACUUUAAGUGCAUAUUAACAAAUGCCAUUGCAACAAUUCAUCAAUAAAAGAUCUGUGAGGGAAACCCCCUUGAAGUGCCUGUAUAGGCCUUCGUAAACUAACAACGGUAACAACAAAUUCCCCCAGAAUCGAAGAGAUUCUAGGGAAUUUCUUUGUGGGCGUCUGCAUGAAUCAAACCAACCAACACCAACACAUUUUUGUAAAUAAAUUAACAAAAACAACAAGCCAAUAAACAACUAAGACAACAACAACAACUGCGUCAUCAAUUGCCGAAUGUAAUUGAAAAUACUCAUUGAAAAAUCCUCAUCGAGUGAAAACACAAAAAAACACACAUUUUUGGAAAUUGAACAUCCAAAUAAUUUCAACGUUUCAACAACAAACCCAAAAAAAAAAAAAAAUAUCCCAAAAAAUUUAAUCUGUGAUUUUUGUGAUUUAUUUUAAAAAUUAUUUCCUCCGUCACACUCAAAACCAAAAAGAAAAUCAAUCUCGAAACCAAAUGAAAUUCUGAAUUAAGUCACUCACUAAAACAUACAAAUUCUCCACAUCACUGCUGUGUAAAUAUAAUCAUUACAACAACAACAACAACAAAACAAAUACAUGUAUAAAUAAACCAACCAACACAAUAACAUCUCAUAAUCAAAAAAAGAAAAAAAAAACAAAAAGGAAAAUAUUAAGGCAAAACGAGUUGAAAUAAAUUUCAACGAAAAAUCCAAAUAAAAAACAAACAAACGAAGCAAAAAAAAAUAUAUUCCAGUAAAACCGCGUCCAGUAACCGCAAAAGGAAUAAAACGACAAAGCAGCAGAAGAAGAGAAGACAAAACCGAUAACUAAACCAAAGUUUAACUUGUAGUUACCCCACAACAGCAACAACUACAAUAAGAACCACUACAACAACUACCAACACCACCACACUUAGAGAAGCGAAUAUUUUUUCUGCUUAACCGCAAAAGUAGCUGAAAACCUCACUUCAACGGGGGAAAAAAAAACAAAGAAACGCAAGGCAAAAUCCGAAAUCGAGAAACCCAAAUCCCCUACCCUUCGAAUAACACAAAGAGAGACGACGAUCCUUAUGCCAACUUUAAAAAGAAGCAUUUAGCACUUCGUCAACACCGUAGUCGUUCUCGACAUCGUCAUCAUCGUCGCUGUCGUCCUUUACGCAUUUGUCUUCGUUGUCGUGGUCGUCAUCAUCGUCAUCAUUGCCGUUUGUUGAUGUACUCUUAUUUCCUGUUAUCCUGCCACACUGCUUCUGGUUCUUCUACUCGCAAUUGAAGUUACACUAACUAUUAGUGUAGUAAGCGAGUGAGUGAGUGUUUUGGGGUAAUUGUCACCGUUCCCCCUAUUAUGUGUAUGUGUGUUUACGUGUGUAUGUGAAAGCGUGGUCGACAUCCUUGUCUCCUUAAAACAAGGAACAAAAAGUGUUGUUUGCUUAACACCAAUCUAGUAGAAGCUCUAGAGCAAGCAGAAAAAGCCGUAACAUAGUGGAGUAACUUAAUACAAAAACAAAAAAGUAGAAAAAAAAACCAAAAACCCCGGAAAAAAGAAACCCCUUCAAAAAAAAACCGUAAAGGAAAUUCAUUAUCUGUGUCAUCGUCGUCGUCGAUUGCAUGCCAUGUGUAUGACGUGUCAAUCUACACAAAUGUGUGUGGCCGUACAUCUGGUGUAACACAAUUAUGGCCGAGCGGUCGUCCUAUCAAUAUCAGAAAUUGGAUAUACUGACGGUUGGCAGCGGCUCAGGAAGCGGCGCUAGCAGGGCAUCAACAGGGCUCCACAAGCGGGGGGCACUCGGGUCGAAGGGGAGCCCAUCGCUUAGCUGAUAGAAUGGGUGGCCCAAAGAAAGAAGAGACACCACCUGGUGGUGGUCCCACAUCAUUAUUUAUCCUCACCGAGGAUAAUCCAAUUAGAAAAUACACACGUUUCAUAAUAGAAUGGCCGCCCUUCGAGUACACUGUGUUAUUGACAAUCAUUGCCAACUGCGUUGUGUUGGCAUUAGAAGAACAUUUGCCUGAGUGUGAUAAAACAGUAUUGGCCCAAAAGCUGGAAAAAACGGAGACCUAUUUUUUAUGCAUUUUCUGUGUAGAAGCAUCGCUCAAGAUCCUUGCCUUAGGUCUAGUUUUGCAUAAACACUCCUACCUCAGGAAUAUUUGGAACAUCAUGGAUUUCUUUGUAGUAGUGACGGGAUUCAUGACACAAUUCCCACAAUUAGGGCCCGAAGUAGAUCUAAGAACUCUUAGGGCCAUACGUGUGCUAAGGCCCUUAAAAUUAGUCUCUGGAAUUCCUAGUUUACAAGUAGUUUUAAAGUCCAUAAUAAAAGCAAUGGCACCGUUGCUGCAAAUCGGUCUCUUGGUGUUGUUUGCCAUCGUUAUAUUUGCCAUCAUUGGACUCGAGUUCUAUUCGGGUGCUUUACAUAAGACUUGUUAUAGUUUAGAAGAUCCAAAUAAGCCUGUAAAAGAAGGUGAAUCAGAAACACCGUGUAAUACGGAUAAUGCCACAGAUAAAUCAGGUGGUUCAUAUGUAUGUAAUUAUACGACGAGUAUGUGUUUGGAAAAAUGGGAUGGACCAAAUUCUGGCAUAACUAGUUUUGACAAUAUCGGUUUUGCCAUGUUGACUGUAUUCCAAUGUAUCACUAUGGAAGGCUGGACAGCAAUACUGUAUUGGACCAACGAUGCUUUAGGUUCAACAUUUAAUUGGAUAUACUUCGUGCCUCUUAUAGUUAUAGGCUCAUUUUUUAUGCUCAACUUAGUUCUUGGUGUUCUUAGUGGUGAAUUUUCCAAUGAACGUAAUCGCGUCGAACGUCGCAUGGAAUUUCAGAAAUGUCGUUUUAAAACCAUGUUUCAAACGGCCAUGGUCUCAUAUCUUGAUUGGAUAACACAAGCAGAGGAAGUGAUAUUAGCCGAAGAGCGUACAACCGAAGAGGAGAGAAUGCACAUAAUGGAGGCACGAAGACGCAAUGCUGCCAAAAGAAAAAAACUGAAAAGUCUGGGCAAGUCCAAGUCAACGGAUACCGAAGAAGAGGAGGGUGAAGAAGAUUAUGGCGAUGAUGGCUACUUAAAAACUCGUUCAAAACCUCAAGGAAGCUGUGUGGGUUUCUGGCGUAUAGAGAAAAGUUUUCGCUAUUGGAUACGCAAGACCGUAAAGAAGCAAUGGUUCUAUUGGUUUGUCAUAGUUCUGGUGUUCUUGAAUACAGUGUGCGUAGCAGUGGAGCACUAUGGACAACCGCCGUAUUUAUCUGAUUUUUUAUACUAUGCUGAAUUUGUAUUUUUGGGCCUUUUCAUGUCGGAGAUGUUCAUCAAGAUGUAUGCGAUGAGCCCCAGGAUAUAUUUCGAAUCGUCGUUUAAUCGUUUCGAUUGUGUCGUCAUUAGUGGUUCGAUUUUCGAAGUUAUAUGGUCUGAAGUUAAGGGUGGCUCAUUCGGUUUAUCCGUUUUGAGAGCGUUACGUUUGCUGCGUAUAUUCAAAGUGACCAAAUACUGGUCAUCACUGCGAAAUCUUGUGAUUUCGCUAUUGAACUCGAUGAGAUCCAUCAUUUCAUUGUUGUUCCUGCUCUUCUUGUUCAUACUGAUAUUUGCCCUACUUGGCAUGCAAUUGUUUGGCGGGCAAUUUAAUUUUAGUACGGAAACCCCCGAAACCAAUUUCAACACAUUUCCCAUAGCCUUACUGACUGUCUUUCAAAUUCUGACCGGUGAAGAUUGGAAUGAAGUUAUGUAUCAGGGUAUUAUAUCACAAGGUGGCGCUAAAAGAGGAAUGAUUUACUCUGUUUACUUUAUCGUUUUGGUACUCUUCGGUAAUUAUACAUUGCUAAACGUGUUCUUGGCUAUCGCUGUUGAUAAUUUAGCAAACGCCCAAGAAUUAACUGCUGCCGAAGAGGAACAAGUCGAGGAAGAUAAAGAGAAACAAUUACAAGAAUUAGAAAAAGAAAUGGAAGCGCUACAAGGAGACGGUGUCCAUGUGGAGAAUGGCGGCGAUGGCGCUGCCGCAGUUAAAGCGAAAAGCAAAAAGAAGGAAGAAGAAAAGAAGGAGGAGGAAGAAGUUACGGAGGGUCCAAAACCAAUGUUGCCAUAUUCAUCAAUGUUUAUAUUAUCACCAACAAAUCCCAUAAGACGUGGCGCCCAUUGGGUCGUUAAUUUACGUUACUUUGAUUUUUUCAUUAUGGUCGUCAUCUCAUUGUCAUCGAUAGCGUUAGCGGCUGAAGAUCCCGUUCGUGAGAAUUCACCACGAAAUAAAAUUUUGAAUUAUUUCGAUUAUGCAUUUACCGGCGUAUUCACAAUAGAAAUGUUACUGAAAAUUGUAGAUUUAGGUGUUAUAUUACAUCCUGGCAGCUAUUUAAGAGAAUUCUGGAAUAUUAUGGAUGCUGUGGUCGUUAUAUGCGCUGCUGUUAGUUUUGGUUUCGAUAUGAGCGGUAGCAGUGCUGGACAAAAUUUAUCAACAAUCAAAUCGUUGCGUGUCCUUCGUGUCCUGCGACCAUUAAAAACCAUUAAACGCGUACCCAAAUUGAAAGCCGUCUUCGACUGCGUAGUUAAUUCAUUGAAAAAUGUUGUUAACAUUCUAAUCGUGUACAUAUUAUUUCAAUUUAUAUUUUCUGUCAUUGGUGUACAAUUAUUCAAUGGGAAAUUUUUUUAUUGUACGGACGAAAGUAAACAUACUGCCUAUGAGUGCCAGGGUUCGUAUUUUAAAUUCGAAGAAGGAGAAAUACUGCCAAAGCAAGAGGCUCGCAUGUGGAAGGCGCAAAGUUUUCACUACGACAACGUUGCAGCUGCAAUGUUGACACUAUUCGCAGUACAGACCGGCGAAGGAUGGCCACAAGUACUGCAACACUCCAUGGCUGCCACUUACGAAGAUAGGGGUCCAAUACAAAAUUUCCGGAUUGAAAUGUCCAUAUUUUAUAUCGUUUAUUUUAUCGUAUUUCCAUUCUUCUUUGUAAACAUAUUCGUGGCCUUGAUUAUCAUUACUUUCCAAGAGCAAGGCGAAGCUGAGUUACAAGAUGGUGAAAUUGAUAAAAAUCAGAAAUCAUGUAUAGACUUUACAAUAGGAGCGCGACCAUUAGAACGCUACAUGCCCAAAAAUCGUAAUACAUUUAAAUAUAAAGUAUGGCGUAUUGUCGUAUCGACACCCUUCGAAUACUUUAUAAUGAUGCUUAUUGUGUUCAAUACUUUAUUGCUGAUGAUGAAGUAUCAUAAUCAAGGUGAGAUGUAUGAAAAAUCGCUGAAAUAUAUCAACAUGGGAUUUACGGGGAUGUUCAGUGUAGAAACUGUACUGAAGAUCAUUGGAUUCGGUGUAAAGAACUUCUUUAAAGAUCCCUGGAACAUCUUUGAUCUGAUCACCGUCUUGGGCAGUAUAGUCGAUGCAUUAUGGAUGGAAUUUGGGCACGAUUCGAACUCAAUCAACGUUGGCUUCCUGCGUUUAUUUCGUGCGGCGCGUCUUAUAAAACUGCUGCGUCAAGGAUACACGAUACGUAUUCUGCUGUGGACAUUCGUACAAUCAUUCAAAGCACUUCCAUAUGUCUGUCUUUUGAUAGCCAUGUUAUUUUUUAUCUAUGCCAUUAUUGGUAUGCAGGUAUUCGGAAAUAUCAAACUAGGGACAGUGGAAAAUACCAUUACUAGGCACAACAACUUCCAAUCAUUUGUACAAGGUGUCAUGCUCCUAUUCAGAUGUGCAACGGGCGAGGCGUGGCCGAACAUUAUGCUGGCGUGCCUUAAGGGGAGGCCAUGCGAUGAAGAAGCCGAAAAGGGUGACGAAACAUGUGGCUCCACAUUGGCCUAUGCCUAUUUUGUAUCGUUUAUAUUCUUUUGUUCAUUUCUAAUGUUGAAUUUAUUCGUGGCUGUUAUUAUGGAUAAUUUUGAUUAUCUAACAAGAGAUUCCAGUAUAUUGGGCGCCCAUCAUUUAGAUGAAUUUGUUCGGAUAUGGGCUGAAUAUGAUCCAAAUGCGACUGGUCGAAUACUCUAUACGGAAAUGUAUGAUAUGUUAAAAAAUAUGGAUCCUCCAUUGGGGUUCGGUAACAAAUGUCCCAAUCGCCUCGCCUUCAAGAAAUUAAUACGUAUGAAUAUGCCCCUGGACGACGAGCUGAGAGUGCAAUUUACGACGACGUUGUUUGCAUUGAUUCGUGAAAAUCUUAGUAUAAAAAUGAGAGCGGCGGAAGAAAUGGACCAAGCCGAUUCUGAACUUAGGGAAACUAUAGAAAAAAUAUGGCCAUUGCAAGCCAAAAAAAUGCUGGAUCUACUGGUGCCGCCCAAUGAUCAAUUGAACAAGGGCAAAAUGACAGUGGGUAAAAUCUAUACAGGAUUGUUGUUGCUAGAAGGAUAUCGCAUAAGACGCGAUGGCGGCGGUGUACAAGGAGGAAUGCCGAAGCAAUCAUUUUUCGAUUGCCUACUCGAUAUGGCCGCUCAUGAAAAAGGAGGAUCACGCCAGGGCUCCAUAAGCUACGAACCAAAUGGUCACGAUGCUGCCAAUUCGCAAACACAUUUAUUGGCGAAUAUACAUCAUCCGACCAAUGGUGACUCAGAACAUGGCAGCUUGGCAACACUGGCCCGGCGCAGUACAAUGCGAAAACGUUCCGUUAGAAACAAUAAAAAGAUGUUGGAAUUAAGGGAUGCACCCAGGCAUCCAUCUCAGGAAUCAUUAACCGGUGCCGAUGCUGGUCAUUUACAUCCUGGACACGCCUACCAAAAUGGCCAUCGAAGAUCACCUAGUUUAAGAUCACCAAGUCCUCGACGGCGUGGCCAUCCAUACACACAUCAUGAUAUUGGGUUCUCUGAUACUGUAUCUAAUGUGGUGGAGAUGGUCAAGGAAACCCGUCAUCCAAGAGGAUAUGGUCAUCAUGCGCGUUAUCCAAGAGGUUCAUGGUCAGCAUCGACAAGUCCGGCCCGUUCGCCUUCACCGUCACGUUAUGGUGGCCACACCAGACGCCCUGAACUGCCUUAUCCCGCAUAUGGGACAACAAGUCUAUGUCAAAGAUCACGAUCACCGAGUCCUGCUAGAAUACAGGAGAUGCGUGAAAGAGAUAGACUUGGCUAUGGGAUUGAUAUGGGUGGACCCCAUGGCCAACAUAGUUACCCAAAUUUAAACCAUCGCCGUGGUGUUGGUAGACGACUACCACCGACACCCAGUAAACCAUCGACUUUGCAGCUAAAGCCAACAAAUAUUAAUUUUCCAAAAUUAAAUGCAAGUCCAACACAUACACAUCACUCAACACCUCAUAGUGUUCACUCGUUGGUAAACCACCGCGAUCUAAUACCGGACCCUAGAGAGUUGUAUUAUAGCAGUAGAGAACGUGAGCGUGAUCGGGCUCGUUACAGGGACCGCUUACGUGACUACGAUCCACGAUAUGAAUAUCGAGAUCGAGAGCGUGAGCUAUAUGAACGAGAACGAGAUCGUGAGAUGGAGUUUGAAAGAGAAAGACUGGAAUACAUACCACCCUUGUCGUUUGAACAAGCGGUUGCUAUGGGCAGAACGGGGAGAGUGUUACCCUCGCCGGUAAUGAAUGGCUAUAAGCCAAAGGGCAGCCACCAUGCACGCCACUCCGAUUCCGAUGAGGAGGACUGGUGCUAG